AAAACGGACAGGGAAAGGAGAGCCCUGAGCUCGAAGGAGACUGGAAAACCCCGCCCCCGCCCCCAAUCUUGAGGUGGGGAUUUUGCAACAGAAGCCAAAGCUCUUACACUUGGCAGGGGGGCGGACCCAGCCCUUGGUCAAGGAGAGAUAAUUGAGGAUGCGAGAGUAAAGACGCCUUCUAACCCGGUCUCUAAGGCCCAGAAAGGGUCCACCCCGCGCCCACGGCGGAGCCCGCCCCUGGCCCCCCUCCCGACCCCCCAGCCCGUGCGCCGCUGCCCCUUUAAGAAGCCCAGGUAGGCAGGCCCGGCUGCUGGAGCCGCUCCUAUGGCAACCCGCGAGCUGCGGCGGCUUCAUGAAUAUUCCGGGGCGCGGGAGCCCAAGAGCUGCCGGAGGGCGCUCCGGGGGAGGCGGCCGCUGAUGUAAGCCCGGCGGGCCCCUGGGCUCCGCUCGGCUGCGGCGGGAGCCCCGAGACCGACCGGCCCAGCUCAGUCAAGGAGGCGAGGCUAGCUGGCGAGGCACCUGCCACAGAGCCCCGGCGGCGCGACAGACUGACAGCCCGCCAGCCCGCGGGACGCUUGCCGGGGAGGCGCGAGAGCAGUGCGCUCUGCGCUCUGGAGUGGUCCCUGGAGCACCGCGACCGCAGCACCGCUUCUGCCCGCGCCCAUUGUUCCCCGCGGGGGCGGGGCGCCUGGAGCCGGGCCGCGCGCCGCGCCCCUGAACGCGGGAGGGAGGAAUAGGGAGGGAGCGCGGGGUCCCCGCGCCCAGCCCGGCCUGGGAGGAGGCGCAGCGCGGCGAGCCGGGGGACCCGGAGCCGGACUGGGAGCCACCCCGUGGCGCGCAGCCUGCCCGAGUAUGGGUUCCUGAGGCAGCCCCGCGCUGGCGGCGAAGGACGCGUCCCCACAGGCGGACUGACAGGCGGGCGGACCUGGAGCUAGUCCCCAGCUCCGCACCCGCACCCCUAUCCCCGGCCGGGUCCCGGCUCCCGGCUCCCGGCACCAUGGACAAGCUGCCGCCGUCCAUGCGUAAGCGGCUCUACAGCCUCCCGCAGCAGGUGGGGGCCAAGGCGUGGAUCAUGGACGAGGAAGAGGACGCAGAGGAGGAGGGUGCUGGGGGCCGCCAAGAUCCCAGCCGCAGGAGCAUCCGACUGCGUCCCCUGCCCGCGCCCUCGCCCUCGCCCUCGUCCUCGGCAGCCGCGGGCAGCACGGAGUCUCGGGGUGCGGCCCUCGGGGCGGCGGACAACGAGGGGCCGGCCCGCAGCGCGGGCAAGUCCAGUACGAACGGAGACUGCAGGCGCUUCCGCGGGAGCCUGGCCUCGCUGGGCAGCCGGGGCGGCGGCAGUGGUGGAGUAGGGAGCGGCAGCAGUCAUGGGCACCUGCAUGACUCCGCGGAGGAGCGGCGGCUCAUCGCGGAGGGCGACGCGUCCCCCGGCGAGGACAGGACGCCCCCAGGCCUGGCCGCCGAGCCCGAGCGCCCCGGCGCCGCGGCGCAGCCCGCAGCCUCGCCACCGCCGCCCCAGCAGCCGCCUCAGCCGGCCUCCACCUCCGGCGAGCAGCCCUCCACAGACACUGCUAUCAAAGUGGAGGGAGGCGCGGCCGCGAGCGACCAGAUCCUCCCUGAGGCGGAGGUGCGUCUGGGCCAGGCCGGCUUCAUGCAGCGCCAAUUCGGGGCCAUGCUUCAACCCGGGGUCAACAAAUUCUCGCUGAGGAUGUUCGGCAGCCAGAAAGCCGUGGAGCGCGAGCAGGAGAGGGUUAAGUCAGCCGGGUUUUGGAUUAUCCACCCCUACAGCGACUUCAGAUUUUACUGGGAUCUGACCAUGCUGCUGCUGAUGGUGGGAAACCUGAUCAUCAUUCCUGUUGGCAUCACCUUCUUCAAGGAUGAGAACACCACACCCUGGAUCGUCUUCAACGUGGUAUCAGACACAUUCUUCCUGAUCGAUUUGGUCCUCAACUUCCGCACAGGGAUUGUGGUGGAGGACAACACAGAGAUCAUUCUGGACCCACAAAGGAUAAAGAUGAAGUACCUGAAAAGCUGGUUUGUGGUGGAUUUCAUCUCCUCCAUUCCUGUGGACUACAUCUUCCUCAUUGUGGAGACACGCAUUGACUCAGAGGUCUACAAGACUGCUCGGGCCUUGCGAAUCGUCCGCUUCACCAAGAUCCUCAGCCUCCUGCGCCUCUUGCGUCUCUCCCGCCUCAUUCGAUAUAUUCACCAGUGGGAAGAGAUCUUCCACAUGACCUACGACCUGGCCAGCGCCGUGGUGCGCAUUGUGAACCUCAUCGGCAUGAUGCUCCUGCUCUGCCACUGGGAUGGCUGUCUGCAGUUCCUGGUGCCCAUGCUGCAGGACUUUCCCGACGACUGCUGGGUGUCCAUCAACCACAUGGUGAACAACUCGUGGGGGAAGCAGUACUCAUAUGCCCUCUUCAAGGCCAUGAGCCACAUGCUGUGCAUUGGAUAUGGACGGCAGGCGCCCGUGGGCAUGUCUGACGUCUGGCUCACCAUGCUCAGCAUGAUUGUGGGUGCCACCUGCUACGCCAUGUUCAUCGGCCACGCCACUGCUCUCAUCCAGUCCCUGGACUCCUCCCGGCGCCAGUACCAGGAGAAGUAUAAGCAGGUGGAGCAGUACAUGUCCUUCCACAAGCUCCCGCCCGACACCCGGCAGCGCAUCCAUGACUAUUAUGAGCACCGCUACCAAGGCAAGAUGUUCGAUGAGGAGAGCAUCCUGGGCGAGCUGAGUGAGCCACUGCGGGAGGAGAUCAUCAACUUUAACUGCCGGAAACUGGUAGCCUCUAUGCCACUGUUUGCCAAUGCAGACCCCAACUUUGUGACCUCCAUGCUGACCAAGCUCCGCUUUGAGGUCUUCCAGCCAGGGGACUACAUCAUCCGUGAGGGCACCAUUGGCAAGAAGAUGUACUUCAUCCAGCAUGGCGUGGUCAGUGUGCUCACCAAGGGCAACAAGGAGACCAAGCUGGCUGAUGGCUCCUAUUUUGGAGAGAUCUGCUUGCUGACCCGGGGCCGGCGCACAGCCAGUGUGAGGGCCGACACCUACUGCCGCCUCUACUCACUGAGUGUGGACAACUUCAAUGAGGUGCUGGAGGAGUACCCCAUGAUGCGGAGGGCCUUCGAGACUGUGGCAUUGGACCGCUUGGACCGUAUAGGCAAGAAGAACUCCAUCCUCCUGCACAAGGUCCAGCAUGACCUCAACUCUGGCGUCUUCAACUACCAGGAGAAUGAGAUUAUCCAGCAGAUCGUGCAACAUGACCGUGAAAUGGCCCACUGUGCGCAUCGUGUCCAGGCCGGCGCCUCUGCCACCCCAACCCCCACGCCUGUCAUCUGGACCCCGCUGAUCCAGGCGCCACUGCAGGCUGCCGCUGCCACCACGUCUGUGGCCAUAGCUCUCACCCACCACCCUCGCCUGCCUGCUGCCAUCUUCCGUCCUCCCCCAGGACCCGGGCUGGGCAACCUCGGGGCUGGUCAGACACCAAGGCACCUGAAGCACCUGCAAUCCCUGAUCCCUUCUGCUCUGGGCUCCGCCUCACCUGCCAGCAGCCCAUCCCAGGUGGACACGCCAUCUUCAUCUUCCUUCCACAUCCAACAGCUGGCUGGAUUCUCUGCACCCGCUGGACUGAGCCCUCUCCUGCCCUCGUCCAGCUCGUCCCCACCGCCAGGGGCCUGUGGCUCCCCACCAGCCCCCACACCGUCCACUGCUGCAGCUGCCUCCACCACGGCCGGGUUUGGCCACUUCCACAAGGCUCUGGGUGGCUCCCUGUCUUCGUCCGACUCCCCGCUGCUCACCCCACUGCAAUCAGGGGCCCGUUCCCCACAGGCUGCCCAGCCACCACCCCCACUGCCUGGGGCCCGGGGAGGCCUGGGACUCCUGGAGCACUUCCUGCCUCCUCCACCCUCAUCCAGGUCCCCGUCAUCUAGCCCUGGGCAGCUGGGCCAGCCUCCCGGGGAUUUGUCCCCAGGUCUGGCCACUGGCCCACCAAGUACACCAGAGACACCCCCACGGCAGCCCGAGAGGCCAUCCUUCAUGGCAGGGGCCUCUGGAGGGGCUUCCCCUGUAGCCUUUACCCCCCGAGGAGGUCUCAGCCCCCCUGGCCAGAGCCCAGGCCCCCCAAGAACUUUCCCAAGUGCCCCACCCCGGGCCUCUGGCUCCCAUGGUUCCCUGCUGCUGCCACCCGCCUCCAGUCCCCCACCACCCCAGGUUCCUCAGCGCAGGGGCACGCCACCCCUCACCCCAGGCCGCCUCACCCAGGACCUCAAGCUUAUCUCAGCCUCUCAGCCAGCCCUCCCCCAGGAUGGGGCACAGACUCUCCGCAGAGCGUCCCCGCACUCCUCAGGGGAGUCUGUGGCUGCCUUCCCGCUCUUCCCCAGGGCCGGAGGCAGCAGCGGGGGAAGCGGAAGCAGUGGAGGCCUCGGUCCUCCUGGGAGGCCACAUGGUGCCGUCCCUGGCCAGCAUGUCACUCUGCCUCGGAAGACAUCCUCAGGUUCUUUGCCACCCCCUCUUUCAUUGUUUGGGGCAAGAGCCACCUCUUCUGGGGGCCCCCCUCUGACUGCUGCACCCCAGAGGGAACCUGGGGCCAGGUCUGAGCCUGUGCGCUCCAAACUGCCGUCUAAUCUAUGAGCCGGGCCCCUCCCUCCCUCCCUCUCCUUUUUUCUCCCUUCUUUUCUUCCUUCAGGUUUAACUGUGAUUAGGAGAUAUACCAAUAACAAUAAUAAUUAUCAUUUAAAAAAAUCCCACACACACACCCCAGAAAAACAAAAGACAGCAGAAAAUAACCAGGUAUUCUUAGAGCUAUAGAUUUUGGUCACUUGCUUUUAUAGACUAUUUUAAUACUCAGCACUAGAGGGAAUGAGGGAGGGAGGGGGAGGGAGCCGGAGGGGAGCAGGCAAGGCCCAAAGGCAAAAGCCAGAAGAAGGCAGGUGGGUUCUCUGGGGUGGGACAGGGAUGGGGGUGACCCAUGUCUGGGGUUCCUAGAGCAGACCUGUCAUUGUACUCAUUUUAGAACAAGAGCUACCAUCAGCCCCUUGGCUGUGAACUUGGAGCCCCACUCUGUUGGGGGUCGUCAUAUUCCCCCAGGAAGGGGCUGUCCUUGGGUGUGUUCCUGGGGAGGCUCAGACACUUGUUUCCUUGGGACAAAUCGGGGCCGGGGCCCCAAGGGCCUUGCAUUUUUUUCUACUGUUAUCGUAGCAAGAUAUGUAUAUGAAUAUGUAUAUGUAUAUGUAUGUAAGAUGUGUAUAUGUAUAGCUAUGUAGCGCUCUGUAGAGCCAUGUAGAUAGCCACUCACAUGUGUGCACACAUGUGUGCAAUCUAGUUUAACCCUGUGUUGCCAGGACACCCAGGUCACCUUACAUCCAGCAAUCCGCCGUGGCCCGCAGGCUGGGCACCGCGGGGUCUGGGGAUGUACUCUCUCCAGUCCUCAGGGAAGAGGACCCCCAGGACCUCGCAGCAGACCCUUCUUUCCCCAUCUCUGGGCCCAAAUCCAGUCCUAGCCUGACCUCUCACCACUGGGAAGCAGAAGACUUGGGGCUGAACCUCACCCUUCCCAGGGCCUCAAGCACACCGUCACCUCUGUGGCCCUCAGUGUUCCCAGCUAAACAAGGGAGGCGAGGGAACUUCUGUUUAUUGAGUCUGCUCUGUGCCAAGCACUGGUUUUGCACUUUACACACAUUAACUCCUUCAGUCUCACAAAGACCGUGAGGUAGGUACUUUGAUUCUCCCCAUUUCACAGAUGAGGAAAAUGAGUUCUUAGUAAUUUUUCCAGAAUCAUGUAAGCAGGAGCAGCUGGGCUGGGACUAAUGAGAUGUAGGUCUGUGUCCACCCAAGGCCAGAGCCUAUCAGAAAAGUGUGUUUCGAGGGGCUGAAUUAGAUGGCCCCAAGCCUGGUGCACAGGGAAGAGACCAGAGUCUGGCCACAAUCAGGCUUAGGUUCUAAUACUAGCCCUGCCACUUAGCUUUGGGACCUUGGGCAAAUUAUCUGACCUUUCUGAAUCUGUUACCUCAUUUGUAAAAUAAGAAUGAUUAUGGUACUGCCUCACAAGGAUCUAUGAGAACCAGAUAAGAAAUAGAAUAUAUGUGAAAUGCCCAGCCCGGUGCCUGGCAUACAGCAUAGUAGGUGCUCAAUAAAUCACGUUUCUUCUGCCCCCUCCUCAUGUGCCCAGCCCAUUUCUCCAUCGAGCUGUGGUGAGAACCCAGAGAGCUUUGCCUGAGGACUCCAAGUCUUAAAAAUUAUCUCAGAACUCAGGAGGUGGCCAAGGGAGAUGUGUGGACAGUGGUAGCUUGGGCCAGGCCUUGAGAUGUGGGAGGAAUUGGAGAGAGGGAGGAAGACAGGGGGCAUGGAGUGGCAGGUGUGGGCCAGAGCACUUGGGGGGUGAUUACCAAGGCAGAUGUGGAGCUGGGCUUCGGGAGGAGACUCACGGGCUGCAGGGCAGAGGCAGGGCCUUGGAUGGCAGGCCACGAGGCUGAGGUAUACUUGGUUCUGAAGGCAACCAGAGGCCACAAGCAGGUUCAGGGGGGACGGGCACAAAGUGGAAGCGGCUGAGGUACCCCAAGGUUCAACUGUCCUCUCCAAUAGGAUACUGGCAGAGCCAAGGGCAGAGGCAGGUGUGGCCAUAAGACCUGCAUGAGGACUGCUUGUCCACGCAGAGUUCUCCAUGCUCCAAGCCAGAGGGUAGGCAAGAUCAGGUUGCCCUGUGCUGUUCUGGGACAAGAGACAGGCUGAGUUAGUGGCCUGUAGAUGGUGUCAGGGAACUGGAGGCAAUAAUCCAGGAGAGAAGGGGCCAAGGUCCUGGGAUCCUAGGUGAAGACUAGCAACCGUUGGCCCGAGUUUCCACAGAGCUGGAAAGGCCUCUUAGGACCCAGAGAGUUCUUAGACCUGAUAGGAUCUAAGCUUCAACCUGAGUUCCACAAGCCCCCACCUUCGUGCUCCCCCAAGGAAGGCAGCUCAGAGGAGGCAGCAGGCCUGGAAGGGGCAGGAGUGGAGUGGGAGGGUCCAGGGCACAUGGGGUGAGGAGUCCCUUGAGGCCGGGGCCUGGCCUAGCCACCCUCUUCUUGACUCACACCACCAUUUUAUAAACUCGGACCCGGGCUGGCCUCUCUGGGGAGACUUUCGAGAGGCCAGGUCAUCAGUGGGCCCUCCCAUCCCUAAUCCUCACAAGCAAUUUUCAAAUCUUCCACUUUUAAAACAGAAAACGGUAAAUGCACCGUGUUGUAUAUUUUAUUUAAAUAAAAAAAUUCCAGCAAAUGCUGCCUUUUUCUAGGGGACAGGGUCGGGGUUGGGUGAGGUUAAUGGGAAAUCCUGGAGUCUUAGAAGCCCAGCUGUGCAGGGCUUGGAACACACAUGGGCAUGUGUACAAACCUUCACUCUCAAGCCCAUUGGGUCGAGCUCUGUGCCCAGAGGUGUGCAUGGGAGUAUAUAAGGCCCAACACAGGUGUGUACCUGCAGGUGGGUCAUUAAGUCUGCAUCUUUGCUACUGCAGGGGGAGGCAGAGCUGGGGGAAGUGAAGACCCUGACUCAGAUCCUUCCCGACUGCCAAGACUCCAAGGUCCUAGGUGGUAGUAAACAAUGCUAGAAGCUGAGAAGGGAAAUUCCAUCUUUGCCUGAUCAGGCAGGUCCCUCAGAAGAGUUGGAGGGAAGCUGGGGACCUGAGGUGGCAGGCUGGGGGGAAGGCAUCAUGGGGCUGGCUGAGGAUGGGGGCACAGUGCUGGACCUCUGUGUGGCUCAGGCAGACUGGGUAGAGGUGCCAGAGCUGGGGCCCAGUUGGAAGGAGGUGUGGCACCGUCUUUCCCCCUCCAGUGCCAGUGGUGGUUGGGGGCUGCUGGGUCUGGUCCCCUCCACCAACCCUGCAGCAGACGGUCCCUACAGGCCCUCAUACCUCACUGUGUGGGGAAGGCCUGAGGCUGGGAAAGCGGAGUCCCCCGGGGCUCCCGGUGGUGUAGGGAGUGCCUUCUUGCCUGUAGGAGAAGGGGAAAGUCCUCCAGAAAGGGCAGGGAUCCCGGUGGCCAGCCGUUCCCCAUCAUUGCUUGCUGAGGCCGUUUCCGUGGCAACCAGCCUGGGAGUCCCGUUGCGUUGCUAAGGAGGCAGCUCAGCAGGGCCUGGCGUCCCCAUGACAACUGCCCCCUGCGGCCAGGCAGUGGUGCUUCCUUUGGGACCCAAGGCACAACACAGGGACAGGCCCAGGUGCUGCCAGGCAAUCUGUGCUUAGACAACUGCCGCCACCUCUGGGUGACUGGCCUCGGGCUGGGGAAACCUUUUCAGCUGGACAGCCACUGUAGGAAGCCUGGGGAGGGGGCUGUUCCUGGGGUUCACUGGGGAUUCCAACCAAACCGCUAAGUCGGUGGCUAUAUCAGUCACUAUCUUCCCUGUUCCCUACCCCAGAAGAACACUCAGUAAGUGCCUACUGCAUUCUAGAUACUGAGUGUUUUCCUGUUACCUUAUUCCAUCCCCCCCCCAAAUCCUAUAAGGUCAGAAUGAGCCCCAAUCACAGUGAGCCAAGGACUCUGAAGCUCAGAUGGGGCAGGAACUCAUCUUACCCCCGUCAGCUAGAAUGGAAGGAGCCAGGGUGCACACUCAGGGCCCCGAGACUCAAACCUCGCCCCUUCUUGCAGCAUGGUAGGAGCUGUUGUCCUGGGAGAGUAUUAAAAACAAUAAUGAAAAUGACUUCAGUCCUAGUUUGCUUUCCUUUAUCACCAUAUGCUGCCAAUUCAAGACAACGUCAGUGAUAAGACACCCUCCCCACCAGGGCAGACAGCUCCCCCUCACCUUGAAUUGCCACUGCCACCCCCGUGUUUCAGCCUCCAGGGGCACCUGCUGUGUUCAUGGCAGCCAGAAACAGUGGGAAGGCCUGAGACUUCCCUUCUGCCUCAGUGGGACUAAAUCAGACUAGGGAAUUUGCAAGAAAAUUUUAAAAGAUGUAAUAAAAUCCCUCCCCUUUCCUUUCCCAGCUGACACCCCUCUUUCAUCUCAGACAUCUUGAGAGUUGUCCCAACUUCCUGUCCUCAUUUCCCUCCUUGGGCAUCACUUCUUCCUCCCCUGCAAUCUGGUUUCUGCCUCUCCUCGCUGCUGUCCCACCUGGAAUGGCUCUGGACAAAGUCCCCAUAGUCCACACAGUGGAAUCCAGGGGCUGCUGACUUUGUUGACCAGGUCCUCCCCAGCUUCAUGGUCCCUGCUGUCUCCUCACUGCCCCACCUUUCUGCUCAGCCUUAGCUUUAAGGGCUCCUCUUUCUUCCAAAAGGUUCGUGCUCCUUGGGCCUCUAGCCGUGACCCCUAUCUUGUCACUCCAUACAUGCUCCCAGGGCGACCUCACUUAUGCCCAUGGCUUCCCACUCAGAGGCAAAAGCCUCCCAGAUUUCCCCUUCAUCAUAGGCCCCCAAUCCUGAGCCUCAGCCGGGGGUUCUGCCACAUGGGCUGCUCACCCUCCUCUGAAGGAGCAGCCCUUUCACCCUCUUCUGAGCACGCAGGUCCCAGUGCACCCAGAGUGUGUCCUCCCCAGCCGCUGCCCCUUGGUGACUUGACUUCUUCAGUUUCAUUUCUCUUGAAGAUGGAAUAUGUCAUGCAUGCAGAAGAAGACAUAGCACACAAAUAAGACAUUAAAAAUAAAAUAAACAGCCAUUUACCAACCACCCAGUUUAAGAAAUAGAACAUAAGGAGUACACCUAGAAGCAUCUGUGAAGAUGCCCAACUAUUUUAUUCCUCUAAGGGAAACCACUCAUCUGGGCUUUAAUUGUGUUGUCCCCUUACUUUCCAUGAUCCUUCCACUAGGGAAAUAAAUGUCUCUAAACAAUGUUACACACCAAGGUGGGGGAGUGGGGAUUGGAAGUUGUUUCCUUGAGGGGGAGGAGGACACUGAUAGUAAUACUGUUCAGCAUUGCUGGUACAUGGUGACAAUAAAAAUCAACUUACGCUUCAGUUAGUUUAAUUAUUGUUUUAAAUUUCUUUACAAACAAUGUAUCUUUUUUAUCAUCUGCACUAGGGACUGGGUCAUACCCACCUCCUGUUUAUAGACCACUCAAUGCAUUUGUGAUUUUUAAGCUUUACAUACAUGAUGCAUCUAUUCAUAAUUCUUUCUUUCUGUUCAAUAGUAUAAUUUUGAGAUCCUAAUAAUGCAUGGAAGGUAGUUGAUUCGUUUCCCUUGCUGUAUAGCAUUCCAGUCCUUGAAUAGUCUACAAUUUACAUUUGUAUUCUUCCAAAGAAGGGUGUGUCUGUCGAUUCCAGUUCUCACCAAUAUCAACUUGGCUGCGGCAAGUGCUCUUGUUCAUGGCUCCUGAUGAAGAUGUGUACAGGGUCUCUGGACUCUAUAGCUAGGGGUGGAAUUAAUGAGUCAAAGGGUGAGUUAAUCUUCACUUUACACGAUAACACCAAGGGCUAGAGCUAUAGCUCAGUGGUAGAGCUCCUGCCUUGCACGUGUGAGGCACUGAGUUCGAUCCUCAGCACCACAUAAAAAUAAAUAAAUACAGAUGUUGUGUCCCUCUACAACUAAAAAAAAAAAAAAGAUAUUGCCAGCUGUUUCAAGUAUUCUAAACCACUUAUCCUUCCAGCUGCAGGGCAUGGGAGUCACUCUUGCUCCAUGUUUUUGGUCAAUUACUGGAAUCCUUUGCUAAAUGUUCCAGUAGAAAAAGUCUCAGAUUUCAACAAUAUGUCACAAUAAAGGUUUGUUCCAGUGUGGGCCAGGCUGCCACUUUCUUUACUGAUAUCAACUUAAAAAAAAAAAAAAAGUCCAGGUCUUAAAGAUCCCCGUGGGAGAAGAAGAGACCAAUGGGAGAGAUGUGGAAUCUGAGUCAUCUCUCUAGCAGGGACACAUAUCACUGCCUCGAAUAUCCAUUGUCAAGGGCCAUAACAUAGCUGCAAGAACUGAUACGAGGGGAUCUGGAAUAUUUGCUGGGCAUUAACUAUCCUGGCCAAUCCUUUCAAUAUGGUCUUUUAAUUUUCUUCAUCAAGUUUUCUAUUAGAUUGAUUACCAGUUCCUUGUAUGUUUGUUGCUGCUGCUAAUUGUAUUUCUUAUCCAGCUAUAAUUUCUGUGUAACAAAAUCUAACAAUUUAAAUGUACAGUUCAAUGAGAUUUGACAAAGAGACACACUUCUACAACCAUCCCCAGUUAGGACAUAGAAUAUUUCAUUACUCCCUAGAACUCCCUCUGCAGUCUCCUCCUUUCAAACCUGACCCUGGGAAAUCUGUUUUUUUGUCACUCAGGGUUUGCCAUUUCUAAAAUGUCAUCUAGGUGGCAUCACAAAUUGUUGAGUCUGUGUCAUUUGUUUCAUUAGUCUUGUGCUGCUGUGCUUGGUCAGUGCCACGUGCAACAACAUUCUCCUGUAUGGGAUGGCAUGAGUCAUUCACUCUUCCACUGAUGAACGAUGGGCUACUUCUGGCUUUAAGUUAUUAAUAAAGUGCUGACGAACAUUCA